AUGGCCUCCACGACAUCCACGAUAGCCUUCGGCAACGCCUACUCCAGCCUCCAAGCCAAUACCGGUACCAUCAACGGCUCUGCGCACGAGAACAGCCUCGGUCGUCUACCGCGCGCCGAAGACGCGGUCUUCAACUCGUACGCCAAGCAGCACGAGCCUGGCUGCUUCCCCGACACGCGCGUCGACCUCCUGCGCGAGAUACACAGCUGGGCGGACGGGCCAGAUAAGCAAUGCAUCUUCUGGCUGAGCGGGCUGGCGGGCACGGGCAAGUCGACCAUCGCCCGGACGGUUGCGCGCAGGUACUGCGAGAAGCAGCGUCUCGCCGCGAGCUUCUUCUUCUCGCGCGGCGGCGGCGACAUUGAGCGUAGCGAUAUUGUCAACCAGUCGCUGCGUGACCAGUGGCAGCACCUCGUCUGCCGCCCGCUGUCAAAGCUGCACGAGCCAGAGCCAGAAACAUGCGUCAUAGUUGUCGAUGCGCUCGGCGAGUGCGACAGCGACAGCAACAUCCGCACCAUUGUGCAGCUGCUGGCCGAGGCGCGGUCGUUGACAGGUGUCCGGCUGCGGGUGUUGCUGACAAGUAGGCCGGAAGUGCCGAUUCGACAUGCGGAGCACAAGGAUGUUGUGCUACACGCCAUAUCGCCGUCGAUCGUCGACCACGACAUAGGGCUUUUCCUUGAGUACCACCUUAGGAUCAUCGCAAAGGAAUGUUAUUAG